GCGCAGCCCCCGCGUGGUGCAUACGCGCUCCGGCCCCCUGCAGGGACUCAUCCUGUCCAUGGACGGCGCGGGCGCCGGCCAGAAGUCCCUGCAGCCCGUCGAGGCCUUCCUGGGCGUACCGUACGCCACGCCGCCCGUCGGCGGCAACCGCUUCAGCCCCACGCGCGCGCCCAGUCCCUGGGACGAGGUGCGCUUCGCGGACCGCGUGCGCCCGGCCUGUCCGCAGCGCGUCCCCGACCUGGCCAACGAGACCGCCGCCAUGGAGAAGAUGCCGCGGGGCCGGCUGCUGCAGCUGCGGAGGCUGAUGCCCUUCCUGCGCUCCCAGAGCGAGGACUGCCUCUACCUCAACAUCUACACGCCGGCGCAAGCCGGCUCCUCGGACGUGCAGCCCACGCGGCCCGUCAUGGUGUACAUCCACGGCGAGUCCUUCUCCUGGAACUCGGGCGCCGCGUACGACGGCAGCGUGCUGGCCAGCUACGCGGACGUGGUGGUCGUCACGCUCAACUACCGCCUCGGCAUCCUGGGCUUCCUGAACGCCAACCCGUCGCCCGGCACGAGGGCGCGCGUCGCCAACUACGGCCUCAUGGACCAGAUGGCGGCGCUGCACUGGCUGCAGCAGAACGUGGCCCUGUUCGGCGGUGACCCGCGCAACGUGACGCUCAUGGGCCACGGCACCGGCGCCGCCUGCAUCCACUUCCUCAUGAUGUCCCCCACCGUCACGCCAGGUGAGGCUCCCUCCGCGUUCCACUUUCGAGCAGCGCGCUCAACGCCGAAGGUCUUUUCGUCAAGAUUCUCCUUAUUUUUGGUGCCUUGUGGCGUCGACUUUGGUCCACACUCGGAUUAGCAGUGUUUUUAGCAAGCAGUUCAUGUGUGUGUGUGUGUGUGUGUGUGUGUGUGUGUGUGCGUGUGUGUGUGUGCGUGUGUGUGUGUGCGUGUGUGUGUGUGUGUGGUU